CCCGGUGCAGGUGCUGCUCUGCGCAUGCCCGGCUGCCGGAGAUCGGAGUCCCAGUCCCGAGAUAAACUUUCCCCGGGAUAAGACAAUGUCCGGACCUCGUCCUCCCCAGGAGCCUGUCAGAAACAAUUUGAUAGAUGUUGCUAAGGCCCACUUGAAAAAGCAUGAUGUUGGAACCAGAUUUUCUCACUUGUCAUUUGACAAAUGCUCCAUUCUUUUACCAUUAUUGGCUAAAGAAGGAAAACUCCAUCUGUUAUGUACUCUCCGAUCAGAGAAGCUAAGAAGGUCACCAGGAGAAGUUUGCUUCCCUGGAGGAAAGCGUGAACCUGCAGACGCGGACGAGGUAGCCACAGCUCUCCGGGAAGCCCAGGAGGAAGUGGGGCUGCAUCCUCAUCAAGUGGAGGUUGUCUGCCGCCUGGUGCCUUACCUGCUUGACGUAAGAGUUGCGGUGGAACUGGGUUUCUCAGACUCUCAUGAGCGUCCCAGUGGAUCGCCAUCCUCGAGACAGACAUUGUUAACCCCUGUUGUGGGAUUUAUAGACCACAACUUCCAGGCCCAGCCUAAUCCUGAGGAAGUUAAGGAUGUGUUCCUGGUGCCUCUGGACUACUUUCUGCAUCCACAAGUCUACCACCGGAAACACCUGACGAAGUGUGGUUUUCAUUUUAUUGUUCAUUGCUUCGAAUACACAAACCCUAAAAAUGGCGUGACUUACCAAAUCGGGGGAAUAACGGCAAAACUUGCCGUGCUCAUUGCCUUAAUUAUUUUAGGAAAAAGACCCACCUUUGAGGUUGAAUAUAAUCUUGAUGAUCUAAGAUCAUCCUCUGAAGAGUACUUCCUGAAAACGUAUAAACAUCUCACAAGCAAGUUAUGAUUUAUCAGAACAACAUCCACGUUACUAUCUGUCCUAGUUUGCUAAUGCUGCAGAAUGCAAAACACCAGAGAUGGAUAGGCUUUUAUAAAACAGGGGUUUAUUUCGCUACACAGUUACAGUCUUAAGGCCACAAAACGUCCAAGGUAACACC